UGAUCAGCAACAUGCAGAGGGCCAGGAAGCUCCUGAAGUCAGAACUGUGAACCCCAGGAGGAGUUUUUCAUCAACAAACUUUUUCAUACACAUCAUUUACACAAUAAAAACUAAGCACUGGAAAAUGUCCUGA